AUGUCCUCGCCGAGGAACACGCGAAGCACGGCGGUGCGGACGUCAUCCCCAGCGCCGGGAGGGGCGCGGUCGUUCUCGUCGUCCAUUCUCAGGGAAGAAGUGACGGCCCGUCUCGCCGAACCACUUCCGGGCGCCCACCACCCCGGAACGUCGAUUGCGGACAACGAUGGUCACUCGAAUGCCGGCGAUGUUUCGUACGCCCAAGGCCCGGGGGUCUCCGCUUUGGCUGCCGCCUUGUCGGACUCGUUCGGCCAGUCGCCGCCGCGUCAUGGCACCCCCGCCGCCCGGGUGGCCUCGACGCCGCCGGCGAGAUCACAGUCCCCCGCGGUGGCGGGGCGGGACUCGCCGACGAACUAUGGCUCGUUCGACUCGAGGAAACCGUACGAGGAUCCCGAGAUCGUGAAGCGGCAUCUCGUCCAACCCAGCGAGGCCGACAACCCCCCUUCGGAGGAAUCCUCGACGACGGGCACCGCUCGGGGGAAGCAGCCUGCCGACGCCGGCGCGGGCCUCAACGACGACGACUUCUCCAGCCUGCGGCUGCAGGGAGGAGACGUGACCCGCGGCAUUUACAAGUGGACCGAGCAGGCCGAGGCCAAGAAUAGGCUGAACCGCAGCAAAAGCUUCGAGCAAGCACGGCCGGAACCGGAGAACGAGGUGAUGGACAUUAGUUCGAUCAAGGUCCCCGGCGGCUUCCGAAGAGAUCACCUCCGUCGAAGCGCCUUCAGCCCCAACGGUGACGUCGACGGAGCCGAACACGGGGCCGACGCGUCGUCGGGCACCGACCCGAAGCUCUUCACCUCGAGCUUCCUCGAGUUCCUCACCAUCUACGGCCACUUUGCCGGCGAGGAGCUCGAGGAGGAUGACGAGGCCCUCGGCCCGAACGAGGAAUUCUGGUCUGGCGAAGACCACGACGACGGCACCGACGACGGCAGGGAACCGAUGGAAGACAGCGCGCUCCUCGGCCCCUCCAAGAGGAAACGCAAGCGCAAGGUGCGAGGCGGCAGCGGCCAGAACAGCCCCUUCAACGCCGCUCUGCUGCUGCUCAAGUCCUUUGUCGGCACCGGCGUCCUGUUCCUGCCCCGGGCCUACCUCAACGGCGGCAUGCUCUUCAGCAACGUGGUCCUCUUCGCCGUCGCCGCCCUGAGCUACUACUGCUUCGUCCUCCUCGUCACGACGCGCCUGAGCGUCGAGGGUUCCUUCGGCGACAUGGGCGGCAUCCUGUACGGCAGGUGGAUGCGCAACCUGAUCCUCAUCUCCAUCGUCAUCAGCCAGAUCGGCUUCGUCGCCGCCUACACCGUCUUCACGGCCUCGAACCUGCAGGCCUUCAUCAGCGCCGUCUCCGACUGCAAGACGUCCAUCAGCAUCCCCGUCCUCAUCCUCAUGCAGAUGGUCAUCUUCCUCCCCUUCUCCCUGCUGCGGGACAUUGGCAAGCUCGGCUUCACGGCGCUCAUCGCCGACGCCUUCAUCCUCGUCGGCCUCGCCUACCUCUUCUACUACGACGUCAUCACCCUCAGCAGGGAGGGCCUCGCCGACAUCAUCAUGUUCAACAAGAAGGACUGGACCCUCUUUAUCGGCACCGCCAUCUUCACCUUUGAAGGCAUCGGCCUCAUCAUCCCGAUCCAGGAGUCGAUGAAGCACCCGCAAAAGUUCCCGCGCGUCAUGUUCCUCGUCAUGGUCAUCAUCACCGUCCUCUUCAUCAGCAUGGGCGCCCUGUCGUACGCGGCCUACGGGUCGAAGACGGAGACGGUCGUGCUGCUGAACCUGCCGCAGGACAACAAGUUCGUCAAUGGCGUCCAGCUGCUGUACUCGAUGGCCAUCCUGCUCUCGACGCCGCUGCAGAUUUUCCCCGCCAUCCGCAUCGUCGAGACGGAGCUGUUCACGCGCAGCGGCAAGUACAAUCCCUACAUCAAGUGGCAGAAGAACGUCUUUCGCUUCUUCGUCGUCGGUCUCUGCUCGGCCAUCGCCUGGGGUGGCGCCGAUCAUCUCGACAAGUUCGUCGCCCUCGUCGGCAACUUUGCCUGCAUCCCGCUUGUGUACAUUUAUCCCCCACUGCUGCACUACAAGGCCGUCGCCCGAACGCGUGCGUGGAAGAUUUCGGACAUGGCCUUGUGCAUAUUCGGCUUCAUCGCCAUGGCGUACGCGACGAGCCUGACCAUUAUGAGUUGGGCGAAUGCAGAGCCGAAGCAGCCGGGCUACUGCGAUUCGCGGGGGUUGUAG